AUGUCGUUUCUGCCCAAUGCAUCCAAGCGAAGGCGAGUUCUCAGCGAUAUAGUCAACUCAACAUUGCCUAUGGUGGAUUCCAGUCGCCGAAAAUCUCUUGGAUUCGACUUGGCCCGCAUCGAACAUAAUAUUCCUCCCUCAAGCAUCCCAGAACCGCCAUCCGACAGCACAAAAGUUAUUAAAGAGAAGGCCAUACAAAAUAGAGCGGGCUCUGCGAUUCCAACAAUGUCAAGGGCUCACUCCUACAGCAAGUAUCUCCAAGUAAGCAAGAGUCUAAGCGAGAAAUGCAAAGUCAAUUCUGCUGGCUUUGAAGCGCCAUUCGACGACAAACCAGAUAGCGAAUCUUUUGAGAAACUAGAGGAGCUCACUUCGUUGCACAAGAAACUAUCUCGUGAAGUAGCUGAGGCCAAUAGGACGCUAGAAACAUUAAAGAAGGAGAGUAAAGAAUUGGAGCGCACUCAUAAGCGCUUGAGGCGCCAGACACUGGAGAAAGAAACACAAAUCAGGCUCUUAGCAGCUCAGUUUGAAGCCAAGGAGCAAAAGGUCCAGGAAAAUGUGGCACACGAGGCGCAAAUGACAGACCUCAGGCUCAGGGAACAUGAGAACAAGCUUCUUAACGACUACAACGAGGCCAAAUUCAAGCUCGAGACUGAAAUCGCAGAAAACACAGAGUACAAUGAUCCAGAGACUACUAAGGCUAUUGAGGAGCUAGAGGCACAAAAAUCACAACUCGAGAAAGAACUUGAAGAAGCUAUCUCGCGAAAGGAAGAAGCUAUCAACCUGGAAAUGGCUCUGAUGGAAGCGGAAGUCGGUGAAACGUUGAAACAGAAAACUAUCGAAGUGGAUAAAGCUUCUGCCCAGUUUCAGGAGAAACAAAGUGCAUUGGAGCAACUUUUGAAUCAAUGUGACGCGUUAUCUAAGGAUGUUCAACAAAAGCAAGACGAAAAAACAGAGCUCGAAAACCAGGUGGAGGAAAUGGAACAACAAAUAAACGGUUUUGAUGUGCUCAAACUGCUGUUGAAGCAGGAGUUGGCCUUGCUAAAUGAUGAUAUGCUUGCUGUCCAGGGCGAGGAUCUGGAUUGGCAUAAAAAGGUUGAGGAGGAGCAACAAAAAUUCCUCGAAGUUAAAAGAAAACACGAUAUGUACUCCAACACAAGGCGAUAUCUCGAGCACACCAUCAUGAACCAUGAAUCAACUCUACGCCGCUUUGUGAGGAUCGAAAAUAGCAUCGCUCUGGUGAGAGGAAGCGAGGUACACUUGGGAAAUGACGGUUAUAGAUUUGAAAAAGCAGGUUUUUUGCAAAUCGACCCCGAUUAUCCCUUGGAGUGGAAGCUUCUUGUUGAGGAGGCAUUGUUACAUUCCAACGUGUCCUUGUUGUUCUGUGGAUCAGAUAAAAAACCAAGCAUGCACAAUGUCCAAACUGUAUUCAGAUUUCUUAAGCAGGCGGAGCAGGCGCAAAACGACUGGUCCUUCAAGAUUUCUCUCCAGAGUAUCGGAUUCAGCAAAAAUGAAAUCUUUGACAUGCUCAAUUCGUCUACUGAUACGUCGAUUGAGUACGCCAAAGGCACCCUUUCUGUUAUCAGUCAACGAAUGCUAGUACAGAAUAUGAAGGAUAUAAGUUUGGCAGCGAAAAACAUCGACAGCUACGAAACGGCUAUUUACCAUCUCUUCACCGUCGAUGGCGAAAACAUUCACACACAUUCCAAGAGUGUAAAGUAUCUAAGCAUCAUGAAUCUCACCCAGCUUCCGACAAGCGAUCAGAUUCAGGUUUUGCUGGAGACAACCUCUGAACCGGGCCAGUUGGCGCGUCAUUUGAUGACAGAAACUAAGUGUCUUUGCGCUUGUGACAUUUCACACGGUGAUGCCAACGAGGUAAAACCGUUUUUGCAGACUAUCGAGGCACUAAAGUGA